AUGAGCAACGCAUCAUCAACCAAAUUCCAUCUCAUUCAGCACGAGAAACACGUCGCGACGAAAGGAGUCUUCAUGUCCAGCCUCAUCAAGAACGUCAUCAUCCUAGGAGCAUCCGGUUCUGUUGGCGCACCCAUACUUGACGCGCUCCUCGCGGAACCCUCCUUCAACGUAACCAUUGUCAGCCGUGCAUCCUCAUCAGUCUCGUUCCCAUCUCACAUCCCCAUCAUCAAAAUCUCGGACGCCUUCACGACAGAAGAGCUCACAGAAGCCUUCAAGGGUCAAGAUACAGUCGUAGUCGCGUUAUCCACCAGCCCAGUCACCGCUGGCGGAGAAGAUGGUCUAGCAUUCCGCCUCAUCGACGCUGCACUUGCAGCACGCGUAGAACGGUUCAUUCCCAGCGAAUUUGGCGCCAACAAUCUCAAUCCCCGGGCUCGCGCUCUCGUACCGACAUACGACCUUAAGGGAGAAAUGCUGAAGUACCUCAUCAACACACGCGACGAAAAACACAGCAAGAUGACGUGGAGCAGAAUUUAUUGA